GCCGGGGCCGAGCGCCGCCCCAGCGCUCCCCGGGGAUGCUUUGACUUUAAUUCUGGAAUUUUGUGGCGUCCCGGUCGUUUCCACCGCUCCCCCGGGAGUGCGAUAUGCCGAGUUUCGCUCCAUCUGCCGGACAAUCCCUCCUUGUCCCGGGCAGUCUCCAGCAGCCGCUCCCCGAAGUUUUCCCGAACAGUUGCUCCUCUUUCCCUCCGUUUGUCGCAGGAGCUGAAACCCUGUUCCCCCUCGGGGAGGGGAAGCCCUGGCUGGAAUCCCGGCGGGCAGCUUUGGGUUACGGAUUCCAUUACGGGGAGCUGGGAAUGCACGGCUCAUGCGAUCCGGAGGGGUCUGGGGAGGCUUCCAACGCCGAGUCUCCUCUUCUGCUGUGUUGGCAUUGGUGCAGAGGUCUCUCCAAGGUGAUGAAGAUGAGCAGGUGAUGAAGAGGAGUGGGAUGCACUGGUGGCUUGUCACCGUCCUAGGGGUGCUGAGCGGACCUGCCCGGAGCAGCGCCGGGAGCUGCAGCGCCCCGGAGCCGGGCACGGCGGGAUGCCCGCCCGGAGAGGAGCCCAGCGGGGAUCCGUCGGGGUCGUGCCGAGCUUGUCCCCCCGGCACCUUCUCUCUGGGGGCUGCGUCCUGCGCCGCUCACACGCAGUGCCGGGCCGGGAACAGGGUGCUGGUGGCAGCGGGGACGGCGGCGAGCGACAGCCGCUGCGGAGCCUGCCUGCCGGGGUUCCACAGCCCCGGAGGGGACAGGGAGCCCCGGGGCCGGUGCCUGCCCUGCGCCACUGCGCCCCACAGCACCCCGGGCUGCCCAGGCCGGCGGCGAGCCCGCAGCCCCGAGAUGCCGGGCAGGACACCGGGCACCAACGGGACACGCGUGACCCUGCUGGGUGAGGAGGAGGAGGAGGCGGCAGCAGCGCAGGCGGCCGUGCUCACCAUCGUCCCGGUCUUCUGUGCCAUGGGCUUGCUGGGAAUCCUGGUGUGCAACCUGCUGAAGAAGAAGGGUUAUCACUGCACCGCCAGCAAGGAGCCCCAGCCUGCCGGCACCGGUGCCAGCUCCAUCUACCAGCUGGAGGAUGCCAACGAGGACACCAUCGGGGUGCUGGUGCGGCUGAUCACCGAGAAGAAAGAAAACGCAGCGGCGCUGGAGGAGCUGCUGAAGGAGCACCAGAGGCAGCAGCUGAUGCCACCGAGCUGUGCCCCCCUCAAUAAGCUGCACCUCCUGCCUCAGUUUCCCCCCGCCUGCCACCACCAGCAGCACCUGCACACAGUGCAGGGCCCGGCCCCGUGUGCCCGCUGUGACCACAAGUGGCCCGAGGUGCUGCCACCGCUCAGUGCCACCAAAGCCCCCAAAGCCGGAGCUCAUCCCGGCGAGGUGACCAUCCUCUCCAUCGGCAGGUUCCGGGUGUCCCGGAUCCCGGAGCUGAGGAGCGAGGCCGGGGAGCCCCUCCGCGGUGCCCUCCCCGCUGGCAGCGGGAUGUGA